AUGUCGAAAUAGCCAUUUUGGAAAAGGUUAUUCUGUGUAUGCACAGGAGAGGAGAGUAAUGAAUAGCGUCCGAAGUCUCGAUCAGUGUAAACUCCAAAUCAAGGACAUUAUCAGCAAUAGAAAUAGAUGCAAAAUCCAAUGGAAGAUAGUAAUAUCAUGACUCAAUUAAAAUCUAUGAAUUAGUUGAUUGAAUCGCCGUAUCAUUUGAUCACUGACAACACUUAAUAAUGUUGCUUUCUGGUUCACAAAACUUAGAUGCAAUUUCCAAUAAGUAAGAAUCUUGUUGUGAACUCCAAAAACCCUACUCAUAUCUUUGAUCAUCAAGAAGAGAAGAAGCUGCUCUUUGACACUAAGCAAAAUAAAAUAGCUCCUCUGCAUCUGAGUCGAUACAUCGCUGGAAGAAUGUAACCGGCUUAAAGAGUCCUUGAAAUCAACAGUCAAUUCAAUUAACACUCUAUCCAAUUUCUCAGCCAAGGAAUGUCAGUAAUUGCUGUAACCUAAAAUAUCCAACAUCAACAAAUGGGAUGGCACAAUUUAGAAUAGUUGAAAAUGCAUUAACUUGAAAUCUCAGUGAUCGGGGCCAACUUUGCAACUCUCAGAAUGGAUUGGAAUCGAACACCAGUCGACGGAAUCUUUAUCAACCUCACCAAUUACCGCAAGGAUAAAAGUGAACAAAUCUAUAAGGGGUUAGUGAAUGCAGUGAAAAUCACCUCUGACAUUGUUAUUUUGCUAUCUGGACAGAGAGUGAACUUCCUGUAUGAACUCUUUGCAAGAUUGACUGUUGAGUAUCCUAACUUAUUAAUUUCUGUGUCUAUUGAGGAAUAAGAAAUCGUGAUUGACAAUCGAGUAGAAUUUACAGUCAUCUAUAUGGGACAAUACUCUAAACUAAAUAAGUCUAAUCUAAUUGAAGCACUCUAUGAACGACUCAUCUUUUAAACCAAAUCCUAUAAGGAGUUUGAAUUGUACACUAUACUUCAACCCAUCCUCACCGAUCUGAUUGACAGUAUUGGAUGCAUCAAAGUGAUGAAGUACUUCUUAGAAUCACUCUACGAUGUCAAGUAGAAUUAAGAUUUAACAAAUAAUUUCUUUAAAUCUUUGGAAUAAAAUAAACUCAUCAAUAGAGAAAAAUUCCAUGAGUACCUUGCCAAAUAUCCAAUCGUGUCCACUCCUUAAUUGAGUCCUCAAAGAAAGCCUCGAAAAAAUACAAUCCAACAAUAACAAUCAGUUUCCUUCAACUAUGACCUACAAGGCAACAAGACUUAAAAUACUGAUUUCCUAUUAGAUGGAGGUACAUUCACACCCAACAAUUAUAAUACAAAUUAAGCAGAAGGUUUGAAAUGA